AUGUCUCACGUAAAUAUUGUGUUUGUUAUUUCAGAUGUAAGAAAAACAAUAGAUGAUUUAAAAAAAGUGAUGACAAAUUUUGAAUCCAGAGUUGAAUUUACAGAAGAUUUGCAGAAAAUGAGUGAUGCUGCAGGUGAUAUUGUUGACAUAAGAGAAGAGAUUAAAAGUGACUUCGAAUUUAAAGCAAAACACCGAAUUGCUCAUAAACCUCACUCCAAACCCAAAACUUCAAAUAGCUUUGAAGCGGAUUUUGCAAAUGUUGGAUCCAAGGAUCUGCUCGCGGACCAGGAGCUGUGGGCUCGGCUGGAAGAACUGGAGCGACAGGAGGAGCUGCUGGGCGAACUUGAGAGUCAGCCUCCCACCGUGACUGCAAACGGAGAAGACACAGCGUCUUCCGAAGAGGAGAAGGAAGACGCCAGCACACGUGUGAACAGACGUGUGAACAGACACGUGAAUGGGACGCAUCCAGCGGCCGAAGCUGCGGCUCCCAGCUGUCGGCCCGCGGACGACACGGUUGCGGAGCUGCUCCGCAGGCCGAGCUGCGCUGUGAACGGCUCUCGUUGCCCCCUCAGUGAUGAGGAUGAGGAUGGUGACGACGACGAUGCUCUUGGGCCAGAGGCCAGCUCUGUACCAACCAUAUACUUUUCUCACACCGUCGAACCCAAGCGGGUUCGAAUCAAUACUGGGAAAAACACCACCUUAAAAUUCAGUGAGAAGAAGGAAGAAGCCAAACGGAAGCGAAGGAACAGCUGUGGUGGCCACCCGGCCCCGGAGCUGCCCACGAUCAGGACCCCUGCGGACAUCUACAGGGUCUUCGUGGACCUGGUGAACGGGGCGUACAUCCCUCGGAAGUCCAUCCUGAAGUCGCGCAGCCGCGAGAACAGCGUGUGCAGCGACACCAGCGAGGGCAGCGCCGACUGCGAGGAGCGCCGCGGGCUCCUGCGGAGUGUCAGCUGCCAGGAGGCCGCGGGCAGCGACGCCGGCGAGAGCAUUUUGGAGGAGGAGCAGGAGCAGCUUCCAGAGACGCUCCUGCCCGCGCCCGGGACGCUCGAGGCUUUUUCUGGAACUGUAAUAGAGAAAGAAUUGUCGCCCUGCCUCGCCCCGCACCCGGCCACGGUCCACCCUGUGCUGCCCACGAUCCCUGAGCGGAGAGAAGUCCCGUCAGAAGGGCCAGAGGUCACCAAGCGGGUGUCCAAGUUCAAAGCCGCCAGGCUGCAGCAGAGGACCUAGGCUGCAGCAG